AUGGCUGGACGAUACUCGGCAGAAUUCCUGCUGCAUCUGCGCCAGUCGCCCCUAUGCGUCAAGCCUCCGAACCUUCCCCCUCCCGAGGAGUGGAUGGGACCACCUCCCGACACAAACCGCAAUCAGCAAAAGACAACAAAUGACCGCCCCAAAGGCGGGGAAGGGGCGCUCGUGAACCAGGAGAACAGGCGCCCGCCUCAUGACCGCAAUGGAUCCAGAAAUGCAUCGAACCCGGACGAACUCAUCCUCGGGCCCCCAAGGACGAGCUUCGCAUCUGCAUCCGCCACCUCAAUACGCAACCCCCGGACUGGCGACUCGGAGAAGGGGUUUAGGGACUUUGACAGACAGGAUCGUACCGACCGCUUCAAUUUCCGCAACCGCACCAGCGACUCGGAGAAUGCCGGCGACAGGUUUGGUAGAGACUUGAGAGACGGCCGAAACAAUGGCUUUCGGCGACGCAACGACCAGGACCAAGACAGUGAGGGCUGGAGCACCGUGAAACCGCGCAAGAGCUUUGGCCAUGAAGGCGCCGAACGCUUCCACGGCCGCAUGGGUGGCGUCGGCGCCAGCGACCGAUUUGGCGGCCGGGAAGACAAUCGACGGUUACGGGAUCGGGACGACCGUGAAGUCGGAGACCGUCGCACCCGCAAUUUCGACAAUCGCUCGCGAGAUUUCGAGGGUGAGGAACCUGAGACCCCGCGCAGAAAUGGACUGCAGCGGGGCAAGUCGGAAUCUUGGUUCAGGGACAAUGCGACCAGUGGCGGCAAUGAUGCUCCUCCAAUGUCUCAGCGGGAGCGAAUCGACAGGGCCAAGAGCUGGCGCGAACGGGAUCUCGACGACAAGCCCGCCGACAGGUAUGGCGAUCGAAACGACCGAAACUAUGAGCGAAGGUGGGAUCGUGAUCGCCAUGCCCGUGUUGAGAAUGACCCAGAGUGGCUGGAUGAACCCCUCGAGGAGAAGGCCCAGGGACAUACUGAGGAAGACUUUAAGAAGUUCAUGGAAACCAUGAAGGCGGCCAAGGGAGGUGGUGCCCCGAAGCCGGAAGAGAAGCCCAGCACGGCAUUCGACGGGCCACCUGCCGAAGCAGCUGCUGGGAUGGACCACAAAGUUGUCUCAGCGCCUGCCAUAGAACAGGGACCUGACAAGUUUUUUGCCGCUUAUAGCUCUGGCCUUGAUGUCGGGACACCCAGUGCCGAGGUUAAAGACGCCGCCAAACCGAAGACAGGAAAGUCCUCGCGCUUCAUGGCAUUCUUGGCUCCCCAGGAGGAUAGCCGAGCAAAGACGGAACCGCCAACGCCUGCAGCGGGAGUCCAGCCCGGUGAAAAGCCUAGUUCGUCUCAGCAGAGCGACGCCGAUAAGGAGGCGUUUGCGCUUCUCAUCCAAAAGCUUCAGCGGUCAGGGUUUGGAUCGGCCAUGCAGUCGAGCGGGCCGCCGACCCAGCCAACUUCCGGCAAGUAUCCCGAGCCGUCUCCUUUUCAAGAAAUGCAGCACAAAAGCGCCGUUGCGUCCCCAGAGCCAUUCUUCCAGUAUGGCAGCAGCGAUAGGCGCGACGACCCCCGCACACGUAAUUCGCAACUCUCGAUGCACGAUAUUCUCUCUCCCAGGCCAGUCGGUCUCCCAGGGCCGCCGACCCCAGGUACCCGGCCGGAGCAAGCCUUGCAGGAUCUUCUCGCCCAGCGGCACCACCUUCCCAGCCAGCCGAGCACGCGCGCCGAGCAGCAGAAUCUCACUGCUGUCACCCGUAACAGGGACUUUCUGGUGGGUCUCAUGCAGAGCCACCGCGACGCGCCCGAACCGCCACGCACAGAGCAGCUCCUCCUCCGCAUACCGCAGCCCACCAAGCAGGUGUCGCUUGCCAACGUGCCGGAUCGCGAGCAAGACUAUCCCCGCGAGCGGAGCGCCUCCCAGCGGCAGCUACGCGGUUCAGGCGGCCCGCCAGGCUUCCUUGACGACAACCAGUUCCACCCAGGAGACGUCGACACCCGUCCGCCGCAGCCAACGCAAAUCCUGCAGCGCCCACCGCCUCCCCCAGGACUGGACCACCAGAUGCAUCCCUUCCACAUGGGCGGAGUCAACCCCACCGCUGCAGCUGCGACGGCUGGUGCUGCAGGCCAUAUGCCCCCACCUCAGCGCCCCAUGAUCCCACCUCCCGGCCUCAUUAACAACGGACCGCGCAACGUCCCCAUGCCAGGCAUGUUCCCACCCAACUUUCCGCCCCCGCACAGUCAUGGCGGGCCUGUUGGACCGCCGGGUAACUUCCCUCCCGGGCCGCCCCCGCCUCCAGAUGGCAUGGCCGGCCCGCCUCCGUUGCCUGGUCCGCCCCGCUCGAUGCAGCCGCCUCCGGGCUUCUUUGGCGGACCGCCCCCGCCGGGGUUCAUGCCCCCUCCUGGAAUGGGUGGUGGUGCCGGCGGGUUCCAACAGGGAUUGGACGGACCGCCGAAUGCGGGAACCAUACCUGGCGGUCACAGCGGCAUGCCUGGGUUUGGCGGCAUGCCUAGCCCGUUUGAGAGGUUGGAGCGCAUGGGCGGCAUGGAUAGGCGCGGGAUGAUGCCGCCUCCGGGGGCGUACAGGGGCCCAUGA